AUGACUGAAAAUACAUCUCAUUCCAAUAGCAAUGUACUAUCCACUACUCAAAGGCUCUCAAAGGCUGUAACGUCAACUGCCACUGCUAUCAUAAACCAGUCUACAAACUCAAAUUCUACUAAUGACAUUCUAUUGAACUCCUCUCAUUACCAGAAAGCAAUUUACGACACCUUGAUAAAACCCUCAAAGGAAUUAGCUUUAUUUAACAAUAGUCUCAAAAAGAAAUCAACUGUCAGAAAAGCUCCAUCUGAAUUACUUCGCUCAAAAUUCUCGUUAAAAGAAAUUGAGUAUAGAGCUGUUACUCAUAUUCCUGAUGAACUACUAUUAAAUUUACCUAGGAAUUCUAAAAAUCUUGAUGAUGGCUAUAGUCUUUUCCAGGGGUUUAACGCUGCCAUUCCCCAGGUCAAUGAAGAAUUAUAUCUAUUUAAAGAAUUAAAUCUAUCUCAAAAUGCUAUCACCUCAAAGAAACACCAAGAAUUAAACAACCCCUUGCCAAUAGGAAUAACUCCAACCAAAAUCAAAACUUCAGACUCUGUGAAACAUUUAAACUAUUUUAAAAAAUUAAUUUCCUCAAAAUUAGAUUUACUAGAAAUAAGAAAAAACCUAAACUCAAAUGAAAUAAAUGAAAUCGAUCUCAAAAUCUCAAAUUUAAAUAAAAUGAGAAAAGUCUGUUUCGAUAAGAUAGCUAGCUUGGAAAAACAAGAAAUUUAUUUAGAAAACUCUUUAAACGAAAUAAAUUUAAAAAUUGAUCAAUUAUUAAAUGGAAAUUUAAAAAAUAUUCCUCCAUCCUCAAAUUUCAUGACCACUAGUACUAUCUCUCUAGACAAUGACGAUGAACUGAUAAGCAAUUCAAACAAAAACAACAUAAUAAACGAUGAAAAUAAUACCAGUAACGCCAAUCUGCUAUUAUCAGAAUCCAUCUACAACAAAAUUCAAGACAACCCACCAAAAUUAACAACAAGAAGAACCUUUAUAAAACAAUCUAAAUUCUCAAGAAAGACAAUGCCAACGUUGCAAAAAUACUAUAACCCAGGUUCAAAAAUAUUUGAAUUCCAAGCUCAUGAUACAUACUCAGGAAUAACCUGUUUUGAUUUUGAUUUACCCUUUGGAACACUAAUAACUUCAUCAAUAGAUUGCACAGUUCGAGUUUGGGAUUUAUCGCAAAACGAAACCGUAAGAUCGGAAUAUAGAAAUGAUUAUAUUGAUUUUGAAUCCGACACUGAAGAUGAAUAUCUAAGAUCUAAAAGCAAAUGCAUUGGCCUAUUGGAAGGCCAUCAAGGAAUGGUCAAUUGUUUACAAAUGGAUGAUAAUUAUGUGGUGACGGGAUCUCAGGAUUCUUGCUUGAAAUUAUGGAAUUUAAAUAAAAUUACAAACUUAGAUGACGAUAUAAUACCUGAAGAAGGCUCGAACGAGGAAAACGAUCCUUGCAUAUUCACUUUUGAUGAUCAUGUUGAUGAAAUAACAUCCCUAUACUUUCACAAUUACAACCUAUUAUCAGGAUCAUUAGAUAAGACUAUAAGACAAUGGGAUAUGCAAACAGGUACCUGCUUGCAGACAUUAGAUGUCUUGUGGGCUUCUACACACAACUCGGUGGAUCCAAAUUCUGUCACAGCAGCAAAUUAUCUCUCAUCCAUAAAUAUUGUCAGGAAUUAUGAACAAAAUUACACCACCAGCAGAAAUGGACAAGUACCGUUUGUUGGAACCUUACAAUGCUACGAUGCUGCAUUGGCAUCAGGAACAGCAGAUGGAAUAGUAAGAUUAUGGGACUUGAGAUCGGGAGAAAUAGUCAGAUCUCUCAUUGGGCAUACAGGACCAGUCACCUCGUUGCAAUUCGAUGACGUGAAUCUAAUAACAGGAUCGUUGGAUAGGUCAAUUAGAAUAUGGGACCUAAGAACUGGAUCAAUUAUAAACUCAUUUAAUUAUAAUAAUGGAAUCAAUAAUCUACAGUUUGACAAAAGCAAAAUCGUCUGCUCUUGCUUUGAUAAUACCGUAAAAAUAUUCGACAGAAUUGAAGAAAAACAUUGGGAGUGUGGAGAAGGAAUGCAGAAUGACAACUACAAAGGAAUAGUAAACUAUGUAAAAUAUAAAGAGGGAUUCCUCGUUGAAGGCAGAUCUAAUGGUAUGGUUGGAACAUGGUCCAUAUAA